ACGCGUUGCCUGGGUGUGAGUAUAGGAAUAGGCAAGUUGGAGCUACUGUCUCCUCCCCGGAUACCCAGCUUUUUUUCGCUAGGCCACAUAUCUAUAUAUUUUUCGCCGCCACGGGUACAUUUUUUUUCGUUUGAUGGUACGGAUCCUUGACAGGAGGAUGAAGUUUCUUUUCGCCGUUGCGGUCAUCGUGGGUUCGGUGAUAUUUCUUUUAUUUCCCAACGGAUCUGACGCUGAUGAAAAAAAGAAGGGUCCGAAAGUCACAGCCAAGGUUUAUUUUGAUGUGAAAAUCGGAGACGAGGAUGCGGGGAGGAUUGUCAUCGGAGUGUUUGGGAAAACUGUUCCAAAGACAGUCGAAAAUUUUGUCAACCUGGCAACUGGAGAGAAAGGAUUCGGCUACAAAGGCAGCAAGUUCCAUCGUGUAAUCAAGGACUUCAUGAUUCAAGGAGGGGAUUUCACCAGAGGAGAUGGCACUGGAGGAAAGAGCAUCUAUGGAGACCGUUUCCCAGAUGAGAACUUCAAGCUGAAGCACUAUGGCCCCGGUUGGUUGAGCAUGGCCAAUGCUGGGAAGGACACCAAUGGCUCACAGUUCUUCAUAACCACCGUUCAGACACCUUGGUUGGAUGGUAAACAUGUAGUCUUUGGCAAGAUCCUGGAAGGCAUGGAUGUUGUAAGGAAAAUUGAAGGCACCAAGACAGAUGGCAGGGAUAAGCCUCUUAAAGAUGUCACCAUUCAUGACUGUGGUGAAAUUAAGGUGGAGAAACCAUUUGCAAUUCCAAAGGAGUAAAUAAGGGGGUAUGCAAUUUGGGGGACUUGCCAGUUUGGCAAAUUCCACAUGGGUGUGUCGGGAAGGCUCUUGUCACUAGCGCCAUGGCUCUGCAGUGGUUCCUGUGUCCGGGCAGCCCAGGCUAAUCGCAUCUCUUGCCCCGUUGCUGUGGUGCUGUGGUGCUGGACCACUGAGCGACACUCCUUUGGUCCAAUUCUUAAAAGGCAUUACCAAUGGUUGUGUAACAGUCACCACCUUUUUUUUUUUUCUAAAGAACAAACCUUAAAUAAAGGGUCCAAAUUUUAUACAA